ACUAAACCGGUUAAAGUGAAUAUGAAACUCUUGGCUCAUUUUAGAGAAGAGUGGAACAUAAAGUCCUUCAGGAGAAAAGACGGUUCCAGCUGUGACCUGUAGGAGACAUGAACUCCAAAAUGAGUUCCUCUGGAGAAGAACACACAGAGAAACACCAGAGGCUGGGUAAUCUCACAGACAAAGUCUGCGCAGCUCUGUCCUCAGUUCUCAGCUCAGAGACCUCAGGUCUGAGAGAACUGGACCUGAGUGGCAAUAACCUAGAGGAUUCAGGAGUGAAGCUUCUCUCUGCUGGACUGGAGAAUCCACACUGUAAACUAGAGAAACUGAGACUGUGGUACUGCGGAAUUACAGGUGAAGGCUGUGCUGCUCUGGUUAAAGCUCUAAAAUCAAACCCCUCAUCUCACCUGAGAGAGCUGGACCUGAGCUACAAUAAACCAGGAGAGUCAGGAGUGAAGCUGCUCUCUGAUCUACUGGAGGAUCCACACUGUAAACUGGAGAAACUAGAGUGA